UCAGUGUCCUGUAGGAAAAAACCGCAAACCGGGCACUAAGAACGCGUGUGAAGGGCCGCAGCUCAGGAUUCGUUACAGAAAAUCAGUUUCUGUCCUUCUCAUCAAGCCCAGGCAUUGAUUGAAGAGCGCUUCACGGCGGAAUUUCCGACGGUUUUUUUAAUCUCCUCUUUGCAGUGGCCCAGCUCCAGGAAAAACGGGAAAGAAGUAAAGUACUAGUUUGUAAUAAUCUAUUGUCCCUGGAAACAACUGUGCUCGGAUCGCAGUGGCGAACGAAGGGAGCGGGACUGCGGCCGGAAUGGGAAAAGGAACCUUACCUGUCCUGUAAUUAUGUAUCCGCAACACAGAGAAAGGGAGCAGCCCAUUUUCAGUGCCAGGGCUCACGUCUUCCAGAUUGACCCGGCAACCAAGCGCAACUGGAUCCCUGCCAGCAAGCAUGCUGUCACAGUGUCCUUCUUCUACGACGCCAGCAGGAAUGUCUACCGCAUCAUCAGUGUGGGAGGCACCAAGGCCAUUAUCAACAGCACAGUCACACCCAAUAUGACCUUCACCAAGACCUCCCAAAAGUUUGGCCAGUGGGCAGACAGCAGGGCCAAUACGGUGUACGGGCUCGGCUUUGCCACGGAGCAGCAGCUACACCAGUUCUCAGAACGCUUCAAGGAGGUCAAGGAGGCUGCACGUCUUGCGAGGGAGAAGUCACAGGAGAAAUUUGAACUGAGCAAUCCUGGCCUUAGCAUCGCAGCCCCACAGCUCUCUCAGGACCUAUCGGAAGAGCGGCAGACGCCCCCGAUGCUCUCCGUCAACGGGCCUGGGGAGGACAAGCUGUUCCGCAGCAAGAGCGCAGACACAGAGCUUUCCUCCGAGAAGGAGCGUGUGAGAAAGAUGCUCUCGGAGGGGUCCAUCUGUGAGAUGAACUUGGAGGCGGAGCUGUUCACCCUGCAGGACAGUAACGCCAAGCUGGUGGCGGCGCUGCAGGAGGCCAGCGCCAAUGUGGAGCAGUGGAAGAAGCAACUGGCCGCCUAUCAAGUGGAGACGGAGAGGCUACGUGAUCAGGUGGCUGAGCUGGAGGCACAGGGAGGUCAACAGGGUUCGAGUGAUAGUACAAAAGAAGAACUGACCCAGUCUCUGCAAGAGCUGGAGGCCCUGCUCAGAGAGAAAGAUGAGGAAAUCUGCAUUUUGCAGAGCAAGAAAUCCGGAGUGCAGAAGCUGGAGAAGGAGCGGGAGGAGGCCAUCCGCAGACUACAGCAUGUGGAGAUGCGGAACAUGGAGCUGGAGCGACAGGUGGAGAAGGCAGAGCAGACGCUCGCCGCCUCCCUGGAGGAGCGCAGCCGGACUGAGAGCGAGGUGCAGAGGGUCAUCGACGUCCUGGACGUCAAGAUCUUUGACCUGAAUGACCUGCGUCAGAGUUUGGCCAAGCUUGUUGAAAAAUAGCUGGCAUAACUUGAGGGAGCAGCAAAAGCAAAGGGCUGGUCCAGUGCAGCUUUCCAAAAGCACAACAUACAAACCGCAUCAGCAAAAGGAAGAGGAGAAAUCAGUCACCUCUCGCUCAGACAUAGCUACCUGGAGCAAAAAUCUGUUGGCUUACAACUUCUCUGAAUAUGGAAACAGCUGCAGUACCUAACUCAACAAUAUUUUUCACAUUUUGCUAAAUAUCAGAAGGGGUUUUUUUUUUUUUUCCUCCCUUUUAUUACUCUGGCUUUGCAGGAUUGUGUUUUAAGUGAUUAACAGUACACAUUUAUUCAUUUAGCUGACUUACAAUGUUAAUGUACUUAAAAU